UGGUCUCUCUGGUAGGCGCCGCGGUCCCCGGCACCGGCGUCCGAGCUGACCGUGGCCAAGGGCUUGGGCGCCAGCGCCGAGCAGCCCGCGGGCGGCGCCGAGGGCUUCCACCUGCACGGGGUGCAGGAGAACUCCCCCGCCAGGCAGGCAGGCCUGGAGCCCUACUUCGACUUCAUCAUCACCAUCGGGCACUCAAGGCUGAACAAGGAGAACGACACGCUCAAGGCCCUGCUGAAGGCCAACGUGGAGAAGCCCGUGAAGCUGGAGGUGUUCAACAUGAAGACCAUGAAGGUGCGCGAGGUGGAGGUGGUGCCCAGCAACAUGUGGGGCGGCCAGGGCCUGCUGGGCGCCAGCGUGCGCUUCUGCAGCUUCCGCAGGGCCAGCGAGCACGUGUGGCACGUGCUGGAUGUAGAACCCUGUUCCCCUGCCUCCCUUGCCGGCCUGCGCCCCUACACAGACUACGUGGCUGGCUCAGACCAGAUCCUCCAGGAGUCCGAGGACUUCUUCUCGCUCAUCGAAUCCCAUGAGGGGAAGCCCUUGAAGCUGAUGGUUUAUAACUCCGAGUCCGACUCCUGCCGGGAAGUGACUGUCACUCCCAAUGCAGCCUGGGGUGGAGAGGGCAGUCUGGGCUGUGGUAUUGGCUAUGGGUAUCUGCACCGGAUCCCAACCCAGCCCCCCAGCCACCACAAGAAGCCACCUGGUGUCCCGCCACCUCGUGCCCCACCACCUGGUACCCCACUGCCUGGUACCCCACCACCUGGACCCACCCCCCAGGACUCUCCUGCGCCUUCUGGCCUGGAGACAGGCUCCAGGCAGGGUGACUACGUGGAGGCCCUGCUGCAGGCACCUGGGUCCUCUACGGAGGAACAGCUCCCUGGGCCUGAGAGUCCUGGCCAUGGUGCUCCAGACCUUGGCGACCUUCCCCGUCCCCUGGAGAUUCCUCUCCAGCCUCCGCCUCCACUGCAGCGAGUCAUGGACCCAGGCUUCCUCGAUGUGUCUGGCAUCUCCCUCUUGGACAGCAGCAACGCCAGUGUCUGGUCCGGCUUGCCCUCCUCUGCAGAGCUGACCUCCACUGCGGUCUCAGCCUCAGGGCCGGAGGACGUCUGCUCGAGUAGUGGUUCUCUUGAGCGUGGCGGUGAGGCCACCUGGUCUGGGUCAGAGUUUGAGGUCUCCUUCCCAGACAGCCCAGGUGCCCAGGCCCAGGCGGACCACCUGCCUCAGCUGACACUUCCUGACAGCCUCACCUCGGCCGCCUCACCAGAAGACAGGCUGUCUGCUGAGCUGCUCGAAGCCCAGGCUGAGGAGGAGCCAGCAAGCACAGAGAGCCCAGAUUUCAGGGCAGAGGCUGAGAGGGCAGCCAGCCAGGCACAGCUCUCCACCCCCAAAGAACACCCUGGGCUAUACAAGGCCCUCUGAUGGCAUUUCAUGAGGCCCAGAAGUGGGAGGCAGCACUGGCCACACUGUGUGGCCCAGCCACCUGCGUUAUGCUUCCUGGGCUGCUGCUGACAAGGGUGUGGCUUGUGUCCACUCAGACCUUACUGGUCUCCAAGAGAUGACCUCCCAGCAUUCAUUCUGCCUGAUGGUCCUGGCUUUGAGGA